GCUGGCUGUCAUACUGUCACUUUUGUUCGUAUUUCGGUGUGUCGCUUCUUCCUUCUUCGUUCGUAUUGCGGUUUUCGGCAUUUUGUAAAUGAAAAAUGAUUGAUUUUUCAAAAAAUAUAAAUACAUGUGGUACUCAAAGUGUAUACCUGUGAUUGUUUUUAGAUAUUGUGUGUUAUAAGUUUAUCCACCAUGCCUCCAGUGAAUUCUAAGGUGAAAAAGAACGGCGCAGAAUAUGAGAAUAUCAUUGCCAAAAAGUGUACGGCAUUGGAUUUUGAGCAAUACAUCCAAGACAAUAAGACCCUUCUCUUGAAUGAUCCACUGCGAGAUAUACUCCUGUACCCAACCGAUGAUGUUUCUAGUGUUGUUCUGCCGCGUCGCUGGAGGACCGUUACGACCGCCGUUCCUGAUGUUAGGACAGCUGCCUCCUGCCCUCUCCUCACAAGACAGGCACUCCUCAGCUAUGCCUCCAGUUGGAAUCUCAUACAUUACAAGUUCAGCAAUUAUGCAGGCAGCUACCUCAAUUUACCUCGGCCCAUUGAAAAUAAAUUUCCGGAGGAGGUGUAUGAUAUAGAUGCCGAAACUGAGAGUGACAAUGAGGGUCAGGCGGCUAAAUUGGACCUUGGCACGAAAGAAGGACAUCUGCUCAAGGGACCUGAAAUUGGCUCAGAUAGAAUAUUCAGUAACCUUGCUUCAAAGUCAUUUAAGAAACGUUAUUGCUCAAUGGUUAGAGAGGCCGAUGGCACGUAUAUACUUGAAGUGUAUAAGGACGAGAAGAAGACGGAUACGAAGCUCACUAUCGUUAUGGAUUUUUGCUCUGAUGUUGUCAGGAAUCCUAAAAAGGGAAGGUUUUGUUUCGAAUUACGCAUGGCCGGCGGUAAAGGCUAUACGUUUGCAGCUGAAAAUGAAGAAGAUGUAAAUGAUUGGAUUAACGCUUUUAAAGCAGCCUUGAAGAAAAACCAGGAUAGCCAAGAGACUCACCAAAGUGAUGAAGCUUUGGACAAAGAUGCGGACGUAUCUCUGACAGCGGAACCUCCUCCUCCCACGUACGGCACCCUGAAGGGCUUGGAGCACAGUAUGAACCCGCUACUCAUGCGGUAUUCCCGCGAGACAGACAUGUCUAUAGCGGCGGCGCGCAAUGAGUGCCGCUACAACAUCUUCAGCAUGCCAUACAAACGCGCGCCCUCGCCUGAACCUCAGCUCGAACCAUUUAAAGAACACUUUGGCCAAAGAAUUUUGCUCAAAUGCGAAAGCUUAAAGUUUAGGUUGCAAGCGCCGAUAGACGGCGAUAAAGAACUGUUGUGUCAAGUAGAGCCUUAUUACACGUACUUAGCGCUGUACGACGCGAGGAGUGGGAAGAAGCUCUCGGAGAACUUCCACUUCGACCUGAACCAUGAUGCCGUGAAAGAUCUAGUCAAGGAUACCGAGGAUACGAAGUCAUUAGUUGAGAAUUUUAGUUACGAUGUUAAGUUAGACGUUAAUCAGAUACCGGAAGAGUGGUUUAGAUCGAAGAAACAGGUAAUGCUGUCUGUAAACAAUCCGCACCCAGACUUGUUUCUCGUAGUAAGGAUUGAUAAAAUCUUACAAGGCCACGUGAGUCAGGUGCUGGAGCCUUACCUCAAGGCCACCAAGGACCCGAGACUUGGCCUCAAAGUACACAAGAAUGUCCAGGCGUAUGCAAACCGCGUGGGAACUUACAGGAUGCCCUUUGCUUGGGCGGCGAAACCUUUGUACAAAAUGUACAGCAAUGAUUUAGACUUGACGCCGGAGUUCCCAGCCAUAUAUCGACAGGAACCGAAUAAGAUGUCUGAUGAUGACCUGCUGAAGAUAUUGUCAGACUAUCGCAAGUCCGAGAAGAUGUCGAAACUGACUGUGAUACCAGGAUGGCUCAGCAUUAACAUAAAUCAGAGCAAUGAACAAGUACCAAAUUGCAUGUCAACUUCGUACGCAGCAUUGAAACCUUUUCCUUUACCGCCUACAUCGCCGCUCACAUUAGAACUGGCUACUCUAAACGUGGAGCCAGAGCAGCCGUAUGCAGCGUACAUACACCAUUUGUACGUGCGUCCCCUCGCCUUGAACUUUGAAUCUCAGAAGAUGUUUGCCAGAGCUAGGAACAUUGCGUGCUCUAUUGAGCUGAGAGAUAGCGAUACGGGUGAAAAUAAACCGAUGCAGGCUGUAUACGGACGGUUCGGCAUGACGUCACAGUACCGAUGUUCGGUGUUACAUCACAAUGCGAACCCCACCUGGAGUGAUGAAGCCAAGAUUCGUCUUCCCGCCACCAUAACUGCGCAACAUCACCUCCUGUUCACCUUCCACCACAUAUCUUGCGACCUUGCCAAGAAAAAUGAUGCUAACGUUGAAACUUGUAUUGGGUACGCGUGGAUCCCAUUAUUGAAGAACGAUAAACUGGUGGAUGAGGUUGUAAACUUGCCCAUUGCGACACACUUGCCAUCUGGAUACUUGUCCAUUCAGCCACUGGGACUUGGGAAAGGAAACACCGGUCCAGAAGUGGUUUGGGUGGAAGGUGAGAAGCAGCUGUUCCGUUGCCAACUGGUCCUGGACUCCACAGUGGCUACCAGAGACCCUCACCUGCACAACCUGUUCAGUCAGGCUGAGAGACUGAUCAAAUCCAGUUCACCUCCAACUUCACCCUCCCCUCCACCGUGGAAUGACGUAUGCAACGCCCUCAAAGCUGCGCACGCAAUAAAAUUGAGCUCGCUCGUAGCUUUCCUGCCAACUAUUAUGAAUCAACUGUUUGAAUUAAUGACAGUUGAAAAAAGUUACACUCAGGACAUGGGUUACCAGAUUGUGAAACUGAUUGUGCAUUUUGUGCAUAUGAUACACGAUUACGGUCGGAAGGAUUUGUUGGAUAGCUAUGUUAAGUACGUAUUUAACUGCGUAGAAUUCAAACUGCACACAAUGUUGACGGCUCCUUUACACAUGUUCGUGGAUCCCAACCAGCCGGACUUUUUGCUCGGUAACAAAUUCAUGCAGUACUCCGGCUUCUUCUUCGAUAUAAUCACUAAGAGUAUGGCGCAGUACCUUAUCAAUACCGGGAGGAUAAAAAUGUCACGCCACGAACGGUUCCAUGCAGAUCUUCUAGAGAACAUUGAGAAAUUAGUUACGACUGUGGAACCUUCGUACAUUUUACAACAACCAAUGCAGACUCAUAUAUUCAACAAAAAUCUUGCCACAUUUCUAAAAUCUUGCCUAUCAUUCAUGGACAGAGGUUUCGUGUUCCGACAGAUAAAGAAAUACCUCGAUAAGUUCAAAGUCUGCGAUCCUAAAGCGUUGUUUGACUUCAAAUUCACGUUCCUACAAACUAUAUGUUCACAUGAACAUUUUGUGCCGUUCAAUCUGCCUUUACAUGCCAAUAAAUUGCCUAAAGAUGGCGAUGAAGAUCCCGCCAAGCUGAGGCUCACUGAAGAUUUUAUUAUGAGACACUUUCUUGCCGGAACCCUGCUAAAACAAGUGGAACAGUCACUGAGAGAGGCGCCCAUGAAGCGUAGGUCUGCGCUGAGUGUGUUGCGAGCUUUACUGACGAAGCAUGAACAUGAUGACAGAUAUAGGAGUCGACAGUGCAGAGCGAGGCUCGCGUAUUUGUACUCGCCGUGGCUUACUAUUGUACUCGAAAACGCACAUCGUCUAAUAACAAAGAACUUGGCGAGUCCAAUAGAGAAUGGUCACGACAGAGUGGACGGCGACGGCUCGAUGAACCCGGUCCUCAACAGCACCCAGAAGGAGGCCGCGUCCGCCAACAGCACGCCGCGACGGAACAGACUCACCUUACACUUCGACCACACCCCCGUCAGGAACUCCGCACAUUUCAAGGAACCGCCCACUAUACCGGGGAAUCAUAUGUAUGGCAAAGAUCACACCAACAACAUGUCACAAAGCAGUUUAGAAUCAGUAUCUACUAUGUCCGGAGGUGACUCGUUACCAAGAAACAUUGGACGACUGGACUUGAGUGAAAUUGGUGAUCAAGUUAAUAGAUUUGGUGUUAUGUCCGCGGAAGAGGUGCGCGAUGUUCUACUGUGCUUCCUGUACGUGUUGAAGUAUUUGGACGACGAGAGACUCGUGGACUGGUGGAGGACACAGUCUCAGGCUCAACAGCAAUCCUUCUUUAAUGUGCUGGAAAUAUGCGCAGAACAAUUCCAAUAUGUCGGACGGAAGAAAAUACUAUCAGAAAUGAAAGCAACUACACCGGACUGCAAUGGCAAGCCAAAGCCAGUAAAAGCCAGGACGUUACCCGCCAGGAUGAGCCCGCCCGACUUUUCAAAGGAACCACCAAUAGUCGUGGAGAAAAAUAAUACUGUUAAUAGAGAAAAUCUUGUUAAUCCAUCUGUUACUACUGAAUUGGAGGCAAUAGCGGAACAUACAGUGCUAUCAGCGAGCUGCCUCGCUACAGAAGUGGGUCUGACCAUCAUAGACCGCGCGUGUCUCUUCAUGAAGAACCUGGGCGCGGCUGACGGGGUCGCGGCGAAGCCCUAUCUCAAACUACUGCAGUACCCACAGAGCGAGACUUUGUAUAAACACCUGUUUUCAGCUCUGAGAGCGUAUAUUAAUCAGUUCUCUGAGACUCUGUUUGAAGGCGGUAGUACGGUGUGCUCGGUGGUGGUGUCGGGCGUGGUGGGCCUGUGCGAGGCGCGCGCGGCGUGGCUGCGGCGCGAGGCGGCGGCCGCGCUGUACCUGCUCAUGCGCGCCAACUUCCAGCACGGCGCCGGCGGGGACCUCACAAGGGUACAUCUACAGGUCAUCAUGGCUGUAUCGAAAUUAUUGGACAACUCCACCGCGCUUAACUGCAAGCGCUUCCAGGAGUCGCUCUCUGUCAUCAACUGCUUUGCGACUGGCGACAAAGCUAUGAAGGGAACUGGUUUGUCGAGUGAAGUGGCGGAGCUGAUGCGGCGCGUGCGCACCGUCGUCGGCGCACGCGCGCGGCUCGCGGGGGUGGGCGGGGUCGGUGCUUCUGGGGCAGGCAGCGUCCAGCUGGCGGAGCUGCAGCACGCGCUGGCGGCGUCGUGCCGCGCCACGCCGCGCCUGCGACACGCCUGGCUCUCCAACCUCGCCGACCACAACGCCAGGCAGGGGGACUAUGACGAGGCAAUGUGCUGCCAACUGCACAUCGCAGCGCUAAUGGCGGAGUACCUCAAACUGAGAGGCACUCAACAAUGGGGAGCCGACGAGUUCGCAGAGAUCUCACUCAACAUACCACGAGACGAGACCGGCCUUAAAAUCGACGAGGGUGCAACUUUUGGUGCUUUUGGUGGCCUUGGUAUGACAGACGUGCACUACAACGAGCAGGCCUUCCUCGACCAACUCAUGGUCUGCACAGAAGCCGUCGACAAAGCAGAGAGAUAUGAACUCUUAGGCCCACUAUAUAGGCUCAUAAUCCCUCUGUACGAGCGAAGAAAGGACUACCAAGCAUUACUAGCCUGCUACCAACACCUAACCAAAGCAUACGCCAAAGUAAUAGAAGUCACUAACUCUGGAAAGCGUCUACUAGGUAGAUUCUAUAGAGUCGCAUUCUUCGGUAAAGCGCAUUUCGGUGAAGACGAGGAAGGCAUAGAAUUCAUCUAUAAAGAACCUAAGCUAACAUCUCUGAGUGAAAUAUCGGAGAAAUUGCAACAGUUUUACGAACAAAAGUAUGGAGCUGGAAACGUCAAGAUGAUCAUGGAUUCGGCGCCGGUGAACCGUGACGACCUAGACAGCAAACUAGCAUAUAUCCAAGUGACCUGGGUACGAGCUGCACCAGAAGGUGUAGUAGUCUCCGGCGGAGGAGAAGGUUCCUUCGAACGAGCGCAUAAUGUACGGCGCUUCGUGUUCGAGACUCCUUUCACAAGAGACGGAGCCGCCAGGGGCCCAGUACAUCAUCAGAGGAUCAGACUCACGCAUUUAACUACGGAUUCAUGGUUUCCGUACGUCAAACGUCGCGUGCCCGUCAUCGACACGCAAGUUGAAGAGAAGAGUCCGAUAGAGGUCGCUGUCUCCGAAAUGGAGGGACAAGUCACUGAGCUGCAGGAGAUCGUUAAUGCAAAGGCGCCUGAUAUUAAGAAAUUGCAACUAAGAUUACAAGGCAGCGUGUGCGUACAAGUGAACGCGGGUCCACUGGCGUAUGCUAACGCCUUCCUAGACCCCACCCUGGCACCCAUGUACCCUGACGACAUGGUGGAGAAGCUUAAAAAUAUUUUCAAAGAGUUCCUAACCGUAUGCCACGCAGCAUUACAGCUCAACGCGAAACUGAUCAGCUCCGACCAGGUGUCGUAUCACGAAGCUUUGGAGACGAAUUUCUACAAGCUAAGUCACUCCCUCUCAGGCAUGUUGGGGCAGCCAUUACAAGACAUAUUAGUCAACGGUAACUUAAGCACUACUGUUCCAGGCGUAGAACUAGAAUCCAGUAACGCUUGAACCAAGAGCAACGUUCUGAUUGGUCCAUUGUAGCCACCAAUCGAAUGAUAUGGAUGUAACGGUAACCAAUCAGCUUUGAGCAGGUAUUUAUGCUGUCGUGACAACAUUGGUUUGCAAGUAAAAUGAAAAUACGCGCAAUUGCUUAUAAGGGGAGUUUGAAAUUGAGCAAUAUUGACUUUAAGCGGAUUUUUAACGCUUAAGAAUGUAGCUUUUCAUUCUAUAUGUUAGACAAUUAUAAAAUGUAUACCUUAAAGCUCUUUAGCGGUUGGAAAACUUUAAUGAAAUUCGGUUUGCUUUUGAAUGUGUAAAGAAAUGUGGUUUUUGUUUUCUCAAGUGUCAUACUAAACUGAUCUCUGUAUUUAUUUUCGAAAUUUAUUCAUAAUGGCGCGUCAUGGCUUUACAUUUGUCUGAAAAAUUAUCGGUAUUAAAAUCUCAAAGCUAGUGUAAGUCGGGCCAGUACAAAUGUUUCAUUGGAAACCGAUGUAAAGUUAGCUAGCCUCUUGUUUUGUAGAGGUAAUAACUACCAAAAAUAGGAUAUGUUCCCCUUUUAGGCCACGCUGAAUGUUAACUCGAUAAAAUAUAUAAACUACGUCUCAAUCCGAAAGACUGUACUCUCAAAAAGUUAGUCUAAACUUAGGUAAUGCAUUUAAAAUCUCAAGAGUUAGGACUAUGAAUUAACUAUAAAAAACGGUUUAAUCACGUAAAUGUGAGUAAACGAGCAUGAAUUAACUAAUAUCGCGGGUUACUCACGUGAAUAUACUGAGUAAAGCACUACUAGUUUCGAACCACAGAGGGGUUCUUUCUCAUGAGCAGCGUACAGCUCACUGGGUAAGCUGCGCGACCUAGCCGCGCCCGCGCAUGCUUUUACCAAGUGAUUUUACAUAAUUUAGUACGUCUCACGAUAGUUAUUAUAAAAACAUAAACGAGCAUGCAUGAAAAGACUGAUGACUGUUGAUAAAGCGAAAGAGAUAUGUAACCAUCGUAGCAAUUGGCGUUCCAUAGUCACAGCCUACGUCCAUCGGAGCCAGGAAGUUAUAUAUGUUUGGUUGAACUGAGAAAAGCUCUAUUACAUUUAGUUAGUUUACUAGCAGCCUACUGUAGGCUACGCAACGUCGCCGCGACGCUGCUCAUGAGGAAGAACCUCCCUCAACUGGAAACUAGUAGAGCUUUCCUAACUAACUAUAUUUACGUGUGAGAACCGUAAUUUUUAGUCAAUUCAGUAUGUCUCACGAUAGUUACUAUAAAAAUUAAGACUAUGAGUCAAAUGGCACUUCUGAGCACAUGUUAUAGAUCUGAAAAAUUGCUCUCUUGAUUAAAACUUUUUAGUAGUUUAAAAUUUUGUAAAAAUAUGUCGUUGUACAAAUAAAGUAGAUUUAGUUUCUCCCUGAUAUGAAUGUAAGGGUUCCAAAUAGACAAAAAUUAAACGUUUUAGUAUGAAACAGGUAUUUAUAAAACUUUUAACGACUCGUAGAAUGUAGUGGAAAGAACAAGACAUUUGAAAUGGUAAUGCAGAACACCAAAACACAUAAUGAUCGUACAAUAAUUUAAAAAAAUA